GAAUGGCUAGCCAACGACCUCCAUCCAGUAGACCGAUGAGUCGUGGGUCUCUUGUACCAGGGGCAGGAAGACCACCAACAGCCAUCAGACCACCACAGACAGCCGUCCGAGUUGGCACAGGGAUGGUUCCAGGGACCGGUCGUCCGGGGACACGAGGAGGUCCUAUAGCCACCCCAGGUGUCCUGUCAGCCCAAAUAAAGGUGGCGGAUCGGCCCGUGACACAACAGGGGCUCAGUGGGAUGAAGACUGGAAUGAAAGGUCCACAGAGACAAAUUCUGGAUAAAUCAUACUACCUUGGGUUACUUAGGAGUAAAAUCAAUGAACUCACUACAGAGUGCAGCAAAUUGCAAAAAGAGAUUGACACUUUCAACCAGGAAAACUCUGUUUACCUUUCAUAUGAGAAACGAGCUGAAGGGCUUGUGGGAGAGCUAAAAGAUCUUCAGGGACAACUGGCAGAUUACAAUAUGCUUGUUGACAAACUGAACACAAAUACAGAGAUGGAAGAAGUUGUGAAUGACUGCAACAUGUUGAGAGCCCAGAAUGACAGAGAGGCCAAAAGCAUGGAUGUCAUAUUUACUGAGAGAAGAGAGAAGGAGGACAUGAUCCGAGCGGUGGAGGAGGAGAUUGAGAGGGCGAAACAGGCCGCCGAGGACAUCAUCAAAAAGAUGUCGCCCGAAAAGCAAGCCAAGUAUGCCGAGAUGAAAGCCAACAACGAAGAACUGCUGCAGGAACUUGACGCUCGUCAGGAGGAGCUGGAUGCCCUCAUCACACGGAAGGAGGUGUUUGAAGCCGUGAGUCCAGAGAGAUGGCACUCCCAGGUGAAGCAGGAGGCCGUGCUGCUGCACGAGCGUCUGCAGGAGCUGGAGCUGCGGCGCGACGCCAUGCUGGCCGAGGACAAGAGCGUGGGCUCCCCGCAGGAGGAGCGCGAGAGGCUGCUCAAGCAGGUGAAAGAAGAUAAUCAGGAAAUAGCAAGUAUGGAGCGACAGUUGACAGAAAUGCGGGAGAAGAUCAGCCAGGUCACCGAGGAGAUGCGUCAGCUGGACAACGACUUGGAGGAGAGCCAAGGGGAGCGAAGCCAGAAGUACAAGGAGCUGAAGAAGAAAGAGGAGACCAUGAACAGUUUCCUGGAGACGUACGACGAAGUCAAAGCACAGGAGCUGGAGCGCCAUCAGCAGACCCAGGCCAGCAUCACGGCUCUUCUAGAACAUUCUAGCAGAAACAUGACGCGCCUGCGGCAGAUCUCCUCUGUGACGGCUCACGAGCUGCGCUCCAUGCAGGAGGACCUCAGCUUCAAGGAGACCGAGAUGCACAAGUCCGAGAGCACGGCCAAAGGCCUGUCCUCAGAGAACCAGCAUCUUCAGCAGGACCUGCAGAAGGUGGAGCAGCUGGAGGGGAAGAUCUUGUCGGAGAUGGAGAGCCUGAGGGAGCGCAUCCAGCACAUGACCGAGGGCCUGCAGACCUACAGCAACCUGGACGCCCUGAAGGCCGCCGGAGAGGACAAGAAGAAGAGGCUGCAGGAGGAGAAAGUUUCCCUCUCCACGCGUAAGGACGCCUUCAAAAAGGAUAUGGCAAAGAUGAACCAGGAGUACGAGACUCUGAAGACCCAGCUUCAAGAGAACGAGACUCAUUCUCAGCUCACUAACUUGGAGAGGAAAUGGCAACACCAUGAACAGAACAACUUUGUCAUGAAAGAGUUCAUUGCUUCCAAAGGCCUGGAGAGUGACUACCGUCCUGUGGUGAAGACAGUCACCAAGCAGCUGAGUGACUACAACAGGAUCCUCGUCGAGGCCCUGCAGGGCAGCCGCAGCUGAGCCGAGAAACCCCCUACUUCCUGUCUCUGACAGCAGCCAUUACGGCUCCGCCAGUCUGUCCCCCGGACACUUCCUGUGAGAGACGAGGCCGGCACUUAAUUACCAUUCUGCUCCACAUUUAGAAUAAUCCGCCACUUGAAGCUGCAUCAGAGGUCUUCUACAUGCAUGCGUAGUGCAUAGUCCAUAGACUAUGGUGUCACUGGUGUCAUAACUUGUCAAACUAUUAUACAAAAAAACAAAACAUUACUAUAAAGUAUGACGUUUCAUUUUAUAUAUCCAAAAAGUGUAAAUAUAUGAAUGUCAUAUUGUAGAAUAUUAUAUUUUUAUGUGAGAUUAUUGAUUUAAUAAACAUUUUUCUGAGA